AUGAAGCCCACGACCUUCCUCGGCCUCUGGGCCAUCGCCGCCUACGUCCUCUACGUGGCCAUCGCGGCCGUCACAAAGUCGCGACAGCGGGCGCGGCGGGCGCGCGAGCUGGGGUGCAAGCCGGCGCCGAUAUUCAGCGCGUGGGACGUGCUGGGGAUCCAGACGGUGCGGAACCUGCUCAAGGCGGACCGGGAGAAGCGGCUGCCCGAGUACAGCGAGGAGCGGAUCGCGACCGUCAGCGCGCGCGAGGGCCGGCUGGUGACGACGAUGCGCCACGUCAUCGCGGGCGAGGAGAGCUUCUUCACCAUCGAGCCGCGCAACAUCCAGGCCAUCCUGGCCACGCAGUUCAAGGACUUUGAGCUGGGCGAGCGCCGCAACGGCAACUUCCAGCCGCUGCUCGGCCACGGCAUCUUUGCCUCGGACGGCAAGGCGUGGGAGCACUCGCGCGCCCUCCUGCGGCCACAGUUCGGGCGCGAGCAGAUCAGCGACCUCAAGCUGGAGGAGGCGCACGUGCAGAACAUGCUGCGGGCGCUGCCCGUCAACCGCGAGGGCUGGACCGACAUCACCGACAUCCAGGUGCUCUUCUUCCGGCUGACGCUCGACUCGGCCACCGAGUUCCUCUUCGGCGAGAGCGUCGACAGCCAGCUGGCCAGCCUGCCCAACUACCGCGGCACCAAGGGCGCCGCCGACGUGCCGCCCGAGCGCGACGAGCGCAUGUUCGCCUUCGCCUUCGACCGCGCCCAGUGGCACCUCGCCCGCGCCGGCCGCUUCGGCAAGAACUACUGGAUCGCCCACACGGCCGACUUCAAGAAGCAGUGCCGCGACGUGCACGCCUUUGUCGACUACUUCGUCCAGCUGGCCUUGUCCAAGGACGCCUCCUCGCCUGAGAAGCGCGCCGGCGCCGGCAGGAAAGAAAAGUACGUCUUCCUCGACGCGCUGGCGGCCCAGACGCGCGACCCCGUCGCCCUGCGCGACCAGCUCCUCAACAUCCUGCUCGCCGGCCGCGACACCACCGCCUCGCUGCUCUCCUGGCUCUUCCGCUUCCUCGCCCAGCACCCGCAGACCUUCGCCAAGCUCCGCGCCGUCAUCGUCGCCGAAUUCGGCGAGUACUCGGACUCCGACUCCAACCCGGGCGGCGACGACGGCGACAUCACCUUCGCCCGCCUCAAGGGCUGCGCCUUCCUCCAGCACUGCCUCAACGAGACGCUGCGCCUGCAGCCCGUCGUGCCGCUCAACUCGCGCCGCGCCGCCGUCGACACGACGCUGCCGCUCGGCGGCGGGCCCGACGGCCGCUCGCCCGUCUUCGUCGCCGAGGGCAUGGAGGUCGGCUACAGCGUGCACGUCAUGCAGCGGCGGCCCGACGUGUGGGGGCCCGACGCCGCGGCGUUCCGCCCGGAGCGGUGGGAGGCGAGGCGCGUGGGCUGGGAGUACCUGCCCUUCAACGGCGGGCCCCGCAUCUGCAUCGGCCAGCAGUUCGCCCUCACCGAGGCGAGCUACGUCGUCGUGCGGCUGCUGCAGCGCUUCGAGGCGGUCGAGGGGUUCGGCAUGGAUGGGAGGACGCUGCAUGGGCUGACGUUGACGAGCUGUCCGGGCGAUGGCGUCAAGGUGCGGUUUAGGGAGGCGGCGAGGGCGUAG